CAGAUGUCGAGUAAGAAAGACCAAGUGUAGUGGAUUCUCACCAUGUACACGGUGCCAGCGGGAUGGUUUUGUCUGCACCACUGAAAGAGCAGUGCGGGGCUUUAAGCGACUGUCGCUAGGAGAUACAGAAGUGGACCGGGAAACGCACUCUGCUCUCAAAGCAACCAUUCAGUGUCUUUACCUCAUGGUGCGCAAUGGAGACACUUGGGACUUUGAUGAACCUGAAUUAGACAGUAAUGGGGAACUCAUAGUUCACGAUAUUGUUCAUAAACUAGGCUUUACGCUUCCAAGCACAGAAGCCGAGUCACCAAACUCCCCAAGGGUUUUAGAAGAUGAAUCGAUGUCGGAAGAUAGUGCCAGUCAACACAAGAAGCAACUUGAAGAUCAAAUCCUGAAGGAGGAGGCCGUUUUAAGGGAUGCUGGUAUACCCACGCCUUGCCAAGACGAGCAAUCGCCACUGGAACAGGUUGCCGAAACCUAUAAUGAUAGUUCGAAGGAAUCCAUUGAUCACAGUGUUGGUGGUGACGCUUUGAAUACCUUGGCACAGCAAUGGGUCGACGCUUUCUAUACGGACUUACCAGCGCCAAUCUGGGGGGCAGAUAUGAUGACUAUUCCAAUGCAUAUGGAAGUUCUAAUAGUGUUAAAUAUUCUUUAG